AUGCAGUCCGUUGAGGACAUAGAUGGCCAGCGGCUUUCGGACGAAGGCUCACAAGGCUUCAGUGGGCGGAAUCUGGAGCUGACGUAUGCGGAGGUGGAGUUCGCCCCCUUCUGCCAACUCCUGAACCGCGUUGCGCAGCCUCAGCCAGGAGAGACCUUCCUGGACCUUGGCAGCGGCAGCGGCCGCGCGGUGCUCGCGGCGGCCUUGGCCUUCCCUGGCCUCCGCUGCUGCCGAGGCUACGAGCUCCUUGGGCCCCUCCAUGCUGCUGCGGAGCGCUCCGCAGCGAGGGUGGCAGAGUUGGCUGGCGGGCAGCUUGCUCCUGUGGACCUGCGGAUGCAGAGCUUCCUGGGCCCCGAUGCGGCAUGGGAAGAG